CCAAAAUCAAACUAUUGGCUUCCUGUUUGCUUUAACCAAGAGGUUACAGGCAGUUACGUAUCAGCUGCAUUUGCUUUCAAAAGAACCUGCCACUGCCGUUAUACAGUAAACUGCCAAAAUCAGAAGUGGGAGAAGAAGAAGAAGAAGUCGUUUUGCAGAGUAAUGGCAGAAGGACUAACUUUCCCUGUUCUUAAAGUGGAUGACAUUGUUACUUAUUUUCAGUCUGAAAUCUUGACAGGAUCUGAGGCGAAAAACUUCAACAAAAAUGACAUUGUCCCUACACCUAAGACUGAGUCCAUACAGCGUCUCUACAUGAGAAUUUUGCAGUUCGUCUUUGGUAUCAAGCCAGAGUAUCACUACAUGAUGCCUGUCAAUGAAAAUGUGCAGCAUUCUGUACUUCAGGAGUCUUUUCUUCCUAUUUGCAGUAUUCAUCACCAAAUGAGUCAGUUUUUACAGAUUUGCCAGGUGUAUGACUUUCAGCUUAGUGACCUUUUGAAUCCAAGAGCAAAACGAACUAUUACAAUUUUGUGUGGCAUUAUAAACUUUCUUCAGUUCAGAAAAAUGCAGAGAGAAGUUUUCAUGGAACAUCUGAAAAUGCAUAAUGCUGCCAAAGAAAGAGAAAAGAGACAGUUGGAAGAAAUAAGGGAGGCUGAACUCAAAAUUAAGAAACUUACAACAAUUCCCCCAGAACAGCGGGCAGCUUUUGAAGAGAUAUCUUCGGAAAUUGCAGAGCUUGAAAAAUUAAUGAAUAAAGAAUCGCAGGAAGUGGGUUUGGUGAAUGAGCAGAUUGCAAAAUCACGAGUCAAGGUAGCUGAGCAGACCAAGCAGCUGAGCUUCUUAAAAGUACAGUUGGCUACACUUGAUGAGGAGCAGGCAAAACUUAAAUCGCAGAUUGUGGAAUCUCCAGAAGAGAUCAAGAAUGAUUUUGAAAAGAUGAAGGAGACGGUGAAAAAGAUUAAACAGUCGAAGGAUCAAUCAAAUGUUGCAUUGGUUGAAUAUCAAAACAAGUUACAAACUACCAAUUUGUGCAAGCAAGAAUUUAUGGGCUUUUGCAGAUUCCUGCUGGAUUUGCAGGUUGAAAUGGAUAAAUGCAAUAGUUCACUGACUGAGAUUCGCAGUCUAAAAGAGCUUCUUGAGAAGCAGAAAAAGGAGAUAAAGAAUCUGAGCAAUAAGGAUGCUUGUCUAAAGAGAUCAUUACACAAGAAAAGGGAUCAAAAGACUAAACAUAAAAUUAAACUACAGAAGAAGCAAGAAACACAUGAGCAGUAUGAGCAAUGUUUGCUCAGUGACAUCAAUGCUGGUUAUCAGAAGAAAGAAAAAUUGUUAAAAAUAAUGGAAGAUAUGGAAAAAGAAAUCAGAGAUAUUAAAUUAAAAAAAGAGAAUACAUCAGAAAAAUGCAACAAUGAUAUUUCUAAAUGCCAGUUGAUGUAUACAUUUUUAAUGGACAAGCUGGACACUGCCCAUGAAUGCUUUUCAAACAUAAAGCAAAAACGGAAGCGCCAACUAGAUGAUUUACUCAGCCUUCUGUAAAUUAUGUAAUUUCUGAAAUUUCUUUGUGUGCUGUUGUAUAUUGUUAAAUUAAUCUGUCUUGUAAACUUUGUUGUUCUCUUUUCAUUUGAGUUUUUGUAUUUUUGUUUUUUGGUAAUUACAUUUUGCUAUUUCCAAGAAGCUAUUUCUGAUGUGCUAACAUUGAUGAACAAACAGAUUAAAUGAUAUAACAUCUGACAUAAAUAACAAAUGUAUUAAUGAUGUGUGUGUUUCACAGAACCUGUUCAGAGCACAUUCAUUUAGCAUCAGUGACUUUUCAGUUCUAGUUUUUGAGUUAGAAGAGAUGAAUAAAGAGACCUUUUUCAAUGUAUAAUUGUGCUAUAUUCCUUUGCAAUGGUAUGCGUAAGUCCUGCUAUGAUACUCCGCGGGUAUCUAAUUAAAGUGAUUUCUUUCUAGGUUCAUGGCUUUGAACAAAUGACUUUAAUAUUCAUAUAGAUUUACCUGUAUAUUGGCUUUAUUAUUAUUUCUUAAUUUUCCCAUUGGAAGGUUUCAAUCUCACUAAUUUGUGUUUUUAGAAGCUGGCCUACUAUACAGGUAUAGGUUUUCCUAAUAGUACAAACAAGUGGCACUGUUUACGAGGAAGCUAUAAUUGAAAAAUACAGUAUUUUGCUGGGUCAGAAAAGUUUCACUUUUUAUUUGUGAUUGAAAGCAAAAUUGUUCUUGGCAUUUGCAAACUUCACAGGUAGGACAUUUGUGUCUUUUGUUUUGUUUAGUUUUGUUAUUUGUGCCUUUAACUUUGCAUUUGCAGUAAAACUUGUUAUUGUAUAUGUAAAAUAAAGAACUUAAACUAGUUGCAAAGCCUGUUGUGAUGUAUAAAUUUGUUUUUGUUUAGAAAUUGCCACAGUAUUUUGGGUUGCUUGGCAUAACUAGUGUUUCCUUUUGUCAUUGAUAAAUGAUCGUAUAUAAUGUCUUUUAUUCUUUUUCCACUUAUAUUCUUGCCCGUUGUCCAAGAUCUUUGACUGUAAAAUCAAAGGACGUCUUUUCAAUCCCCGGCACUCAAUCACUGAGAAGCCUUGAGCAAGUUCCUUAGGCAGCUAGUGCAAUAAUUUUAGAAAUAAUGUAAGUCACUCCAUAGUGUGUCUGUAUUUAAACAUUACUUUAGAAGUGUGGCAUUGUGGUGUACUGGUUAUUUGUGGACCAGUGACUUUCUGUUUACUAAUUCCCUCUAGUUUUGCAUAGAAUUCCUCAUUAUAUUUUUGUUUCAUCCCACACACUAACAAUGUGCACCUUAUGUGAUUUGGAAUCUCAUUUGGCCUAGAGCAUUGAGUGCUGGUGUUUGACUUUGUCCUGUCCAGAGUUGAUUAUAGUCUCUUGGCCAAUUCUGUGGGUUAUAACCUUAGAAAAUAGGAAUAGGUCAGGAUAAAUGUGUCAUUUAAAUAAAAUCUAAUAGGAAGAUAUUGGUCAUGAGUUCUUGCAGACUACUUAACACUUUAGAAUUUUCAUAAUUCUUUUAAAAAGUGAUGAUUUAUGACGCCCUUUUGCUCCUGAAAUCCAUUUGUUUAAUGCAAUAGAAUAUGUUCUAUGGCUUUUUACAUUAACAAAUGUUGACAAAAUAGAACAUAAGAAAACAAGGAAAAAAGAUAAAUAACCUAAUUAUUGUACUUAAGUAUAGUUGUAUUAAUAUUAGUAGCCUUUUACUACAAAUGUAUGGUCAAAAAAUGACCUAAGAAAUAAUGCACCAUUCAUGACUUACACAGUAACUUAUUUCUCCCUCCUUUUUUUGUAUUUUUUUUUUUGUAACUGAGCAGCAAUAAAAUAAUGUUUAAUGUUUUCAA